AUGGCUCCCGCCAUGAAAUUCGUCCUCAUAAACGGCUGCUCAGCCGGAGGCAUCGGCGCCGGGCUAGCCGAAGCCUUUCACCAGGCGGGCUAUCACGUCUUCCUGACUCUCCGGAACCUAGCCAAGACCCCAACCAAUCUCGCCAACGCACAGAACGUCACAGUCUUGCAGCUCGACGUCCUAUCCCCGGAGUCCAUCGCCGCCGCAGUGGAAAGCGUCACGCAAAAAACCGGCGGUCGGCUCGAUGUCCUGGUCAACAACAGCGGCCAGAACUUGAUCAUGCCGGCUUUAGAUAUGAAUGUUGUCGACGGCCGCAGGCUGUUCGAUGUUAAUUUUUUUGCCCUCUGGCUGUCAUGCAGGCCUUCGCUCCUCUUCUCAUCGAAGCCCGUGGCCCCUUCGUUCACAACACAGGCAUGUACAACAGCCAAAGCCGCCCUCACCAUCGCAAGCUCCACCUGGCGCCGCGAGCUCGCGCCCCUAGGUGUCAGGACCAUAGCCCUGAUCACCACCAGCGUCAAGACCCCAGCCUUCGACAACGUCACCAUGCCCGAGAUCCCGGAGGGUUUCUACUACUACGUGAUCCGCGAAUACCUCUACCGCCUCGGGAGCGGCCAACCACUCCAGGAUGGCGCGCCGGAUCCGGUGGCUUAUGGCCUCGGGGUGGUGGGGGCAAUCGACGCUGGCAAGACUGGCGAGAUCUGGGUGGGUAAGGACGCCGGCGUGAAUUACUGGUCGUGGAAGCUGUUGGCGGAGUCGGUGUUUGACUCCAUGGUCGACGGAAUUCUAAAGGCUCCCGGCGAGUUCGCUAAGGUGGCAGAAGCACUCAAGGGGAACAGAUAA